AUGGUUUCUGAAAACAGAAAUCGCGAUUCCGUUGCUGAUCUCGAAGCUGAACUCUAUGACCUAUUUACAACUCAUCAUGAAUCCCGAAUAAACGACGCUGGAGAGCCCGCAGUCCCCGCUCAUGCCCUCGUUGAUGUAUUACGCGUGUUUGGUGAACACCACGAUGGCAUGGAGCUGUUGGCUGACGACGAGGAGGCUAGGUUCAACGAGCUCGUCACGGCCAACCCUGGGAUGGAAGUCACACCAAGCAUUCUGUUGAACUUCCUACGCUGCCUGACGGAGAUGAACGCAACAGAAACGCUUGGUGAUGAGUCAACAUUGCUUGAAGACAGAGGAAGAGAAGAUGAAUGGGCAGACAAUAGUGACUCACCUUUCGAGAGUGCACGGCGUAAGCGUACUGCACCACUUUCUCACGCAGCAGCACCGUCCAGCUGGAACUCAAAGCGGGUCGGCACGACUGCGAGGAGACGGAGCGACGCUGGUAACUACUCACGUGGUGGUGGUAGUGACUCAGAGCAAUCGGCCACUCACUCGCGACCGAGUUCUCGUAUGUCACGACGACCUCGUGCACCAUCAAAUCCUGUGUCCCCCCGACUUUCGGACAAUGAACUCUGGGACUCUCCGCCUGUUCGUUCUGCGUCCCGUGCAAACUCGCGCAAUCGUUAUGGAGGAAGCCUGAGUGCAAGCUUGGAGGGUAUCAUGUCACCAACCGAUCGGCCACGUGUGGACUACGAUCAUGCCGAAGAUGGGGACUCUGAGGACUCUGAGGAUGAAGUGGACGCGACGCUAGGACUAGUUCAUACCCGAAACGGUUCAAUGGCCUCCCUCGAAACUAUAGAGCGGGAAGAAGCAUUGCAGCGCUCUAACCAGGACCUCCAGCGACGAGUAGCUGAACAGGACCGUAUCUUACAGAACAGGAUUACGGACCAUGAAGCCGAACUCGAGAGGAUGGAGAUAGCCCUUGAAGAGACCAAGAGUGAACUGAGCUCGUCCAAGCGAGAGGAGAAGGAACUGCGCGCGAAGGAAACAAAAUAUAUCCACCAGAUUCAAGCUUUGGAGAGCGAGAUUGCCAAAUCCCAGAGGGCCCUCGAGACUGCCAAGGCCUCAUACCAAAGCCUACAAAAGCUUUACCAAGAGCAAUGCACGGAGUCUGAGAGCUUGAGAAAUGCUCUACGCAAUCGAGAUCAACAGUACCGUGAUGCGACGGAAAAGAUCUCUCUACAUGGUCUAGAGAUCGAAAAAUGGCAACAGCAACAGGACCAAAUGGAACACCUCAUGCAGUCACUUGAGAACCAACUUGCUAUAGCACGUGAGGCCCAAGCGCAGCUUGAGGAACAAAAGCAGGAGAAUUUGCUACUUAAAGAGACCAUCGAUCGUUUGCGUUUCGACAUGGAUGAGCUUCGAAACAAAGCAGACGGAACCAUGACUGCUGAGGGCAAGGGCCAAGCCAGCAAUCAGGGCAGCAUCAGCAAGAGCCUCGGAGUUGAACUGGCGAGACUGAACAGCGGAAAAUGGCCAGGCGGUGAAUCUACCGAUGAAGAGGACGAGAGUACUGCUGUUAGCGACCAGGAGACCGAUAAUGAAGGAACUGAAGGCGAAGAUGUUGUUCAAACCAUCAUUACUCGUCGCAAGAAGAAGGUUGCCAGCCGAGCGAUGAAGCGAGUAGAAACCGUCCAGUAUGAGGACGUGAAACAUUACUCCGACGCGUACACCCAAUACGAGAAAUCGGAGUUCACUGCGUCUACCUCCAUGCAAACCGAACCAGAGCCAAAGAAGAAGAUGGCAUCAUUCAGCACACAGACCGAAUACAAACCAACUUCGUCUUCCUCAAUUCAGACGGAUACUACUCCAGUUCCUCCGCCUGUCCUAAAGGUGGAGACGGAAGUCCAAACCGACGCCCCGGAAGAAUCAGAGCAGUCCGGGACGUUUGUUGCCGACGAGUCAUCCUCUUCUCUUCAUCUUCAUCCCAAACGAGCUGUUCGUGACUUACCGCCUUCAUAUGCGGAGAGUAGCCAGAACGACGAAGAGCAGGAGCAACGCGACAUGCGUGUGGCUGCGGAGGCUAUCCUCAAAUGGCACAGGGGACUUGAAGUUCCGCUUUCCCCUGCUCCUAGGGGUAUCUCUGACGAUGCUCUGGAGGAAUGGGCAGCACUUAAGGAAGAGAUCGGUUUUGACUGUCUUGCUGUCGACAAGGUGCUCGAGAUGUCAUACAAGACAGGACGUUCACGCGAUGGUACACGAAGCGAGCGUUCCGUUGCCACGGCAGCCACAGACGCAAGCUCGAGCAGUCGAAUUAACCGCUUGACCAAUAUCUACAACACGUUCGUAUACGGCAAACCAGAUGCUGAUCAUGAUCGCUCUCUUGCUGUGGGGAUCACACAAGCAGCGGUUGUUCUUGGUGGAUGUAUCAUCGCUGCGGGACUCCUGAACGGACCGUUCUUGCAACCUACGUACCACGUACCCGGUGGCCCGACAUAUUACGACCGUGCAGCGUUCUCGCAGUUCAAUAACCUGUAUCCGCUUGGUGAAGGCUUCGCACCGGACGGUGCAGCGACUGUUUGGGAUUUCAUUGGACGUAUUGGUGGGGAAGCUGCGAGGAUGGCUAGGGGAUGGCCGUCAUGA